AUCCAACCUUUAAAUUUGGUUCUACUUCAACCCCACUUUGCUCUUUUCCUCUCCAAAAAAAUACCAGACGCCAUUACAACAAUCUUCUUAGACCGCCAUCCUCAAUCAAACCCAGAAAAACAAAACUUACAAAAAGCACAAAAAACCUACACAAAAACACAUCUCAAAGCUUCAUAGAAUAAAAAAAAUUGACCUUUUGAGUGGAAAAAAAAAAAAAAAAGAAGUUUCAUUUUUUCUGUUAUGUAAAUGCAUCAGCAAAAUCUUGAAGUUAAGAUAGGUCAAGAACAACACUGUGACCUUCAAAUCCCAAUCCCAAAACAAUCAACCCCAUCAGAGAAUUUUUCCAAAAUUAAUCUUCAAAUCAAGAUCCCAUCACCAGAUUCUUCAACCAAUCAGAUUCACUUUAUAAAUGAACCCUUUUGUCAGAAUCAAUCACCAAACAAAACCCUUUUGUCAACACCUCAUAAAAGGCCUAUAAUGUCUCAAAGUUCCAAUCUUUAUCACUCUCCAACACAUCAAACCCAUUUUAAAGUUCCAAUCUUGAAGUCAAACAAUUCUUCAAAAAAUCAGUCUUUUUUAUGUCCUUGUUCUGUUUCUGUGUUAUUAGCCACAAAAAGAAUUACUCUUAAGCUGAUUCAUCACUCUUGUCAUAUUUCUUGGAUUAGAGUUCAUUUGAAGCUUUUUAUUUUGCUUUCUUUGCCUUCACUUUACCUGUUGACUUCAACUCAUUACUGGGGUUCUUUUCUUUACUUUCUUUUUAUUAUUACUGCUAUAAUACUAGCUUUUCUUGUGAUUUCACUUUGUGUAACUCUCCCUUGUGUUCCUUCUAUCCGUACAUUUCUUGCUAGAACUUUGUCUAUUAAUCUUCAUUCAUCACCUACUGCCUCAAAGAAUCGACCUUCAGUUGUUUGGUCAAUAGGAUCAAAGCCUAAACCAGAAAGGAAGCCGAUUUCGGGGUGUUGGGUGCAAGUUUACAGCAAUGGUGAUGUUUAUGAGGGUGAAUUUCAUAAAGGGAAAUGUUCAGGAAGUGGGGUUUAUUACUAUCGUUUGAGUGGGAGGUAUGAGGGUGAUUGGAUUGAUGGGAAGUAUGAUGGAUACGGGGUUGAAACAUGGACGAAAGGGAGCCGGUAUAGAGGGCAAUAUAGGCAAGGAUUGAGACAUGGAGUUGGGAUGUAUAGGUCUUAUACAGGGGAUUUGUAUGCUGGGGAGUGGUGUAGUGGGCAGUGUCAUGGUUCUGGAGUUCAUACUUGUGAAGAUGGAAGCAGUUAUACCGGGGAGUUUAAGUGGGGUAUCAAACAUGGAUUGGGUCAUUACCAUUUCAGAAAUGGGGAUGCAUAUGCUGGAGAGUAUUUUGCGGAUAAGAUGCAUGGUUUUGGAGUAUACCAUUUUGGAAAUGGACAUCGCUAUGAAGGAGCGUGGCAUGAGGGUAAGAGGCAAGGAUUUGGCAUUUACACUUUCAGAACUGGGGAAACUCAGUCUGGUCACUGGCAGAAUGGGGUUCUUAAUGUUUCAACUAGUCUUGCCGCCCUCCCUCGAUCUCCUUCUGCAGUCGACCAUUCUAAAGUGCUUCAUGCAGUCCAGGAAGCGAGACAAGCUUCUGAGAAAGCUAUCAAUGUGACGAAGGUGGAUGAAAGAGUAAAACGAGCAGUUACAGCCGCCAACAAGUCCGCCACUGCAGCAAGAGUAGCAGCUGUGAAAGCUGUCCAAAACCAAAUACAUCACAACGGAGAUAGUUGCCAUUCACCACUAGCAGUUGUGUAAACCCUUCGGUUGGCAGAAGCUAUGACUUUCCACUCUCCCAUCAGUCUUAUUUUUAGAUACUGAGACUGAAACUUCCGGGGACUUACUUGGAACCACAACAGGCAACUAGCUGAUUGAGGAGCAAGUUUAUCGUCCCCUUCGUUAGGCUUUAAUAAUAUGCAUAUAUAGUGGCCCCUCGUAUAGGAGCUAAGAGAGCAAAAACCUCCAGAUGUAAGUAGGUGUUUUAUCUUUCCUUAUUUUGUUGCUCUCUAGUAAAAUGUAGAUAGUUUCCUGCGUUUUGUGUUUGCCAUAAUAGAAUGGCCAAGUUACUGCAUGUUUACUAAGCAUAUAUCCCAAAGGGAUCACCAAUGUAAUGUUGUAUAAAGUAAUAUCUAAACAUAUGCUGUAUUAACGAAUGA